AUGAGUGACAGAGAAGAAAGGAAUUGUCCUCUCUGUGAAGAAGAGAUGGAUUUAACAGACCAGCAGUUGAAACCUUGUCGAUGUGGUUAUGAGAUAUGUGUCUGGUGUUGGCACCAUAUAAUGGAUGAUACCGAUGGGCUAUGCCCUGCAUGUCGUUCUCCUUACAAUGAUAAGGAAAAGAUUGUUUGGACGGCGGCGUCAAAGUGUGAAAGACUGCUGAGUGAACUUAAUAUGGAGAAAAAGUUGAAGAAUCAGAAGAAAACGAAGUCUAAAUCUUCCGAUCAUCAGUCUGAACCCCCUGAUCCAGGUUCCUGGAUACGCCACUUUUCUGAUGAACUCAGUAGUGUGCGAGUGAUUCAGCGAAACCUUGUUUACAUAGUUGGGUUGCCUCUGAAUUUGGCAGAUGAAGAUCUUCUCCAGAAUGAGGAAUAUUUUGGUCAGUAUGGGAAGGUCUUAAAACUCUCAUUGUCACGAACGGCAGACGGUAUCAUUCAACAGUUUCCUAAUGAAACUUGCAGUGUAUAUAUUACUUAUUCAAAGGAAGAUGAAGCAAUUCGGUGUAUUCAAGAUUUACAUGGAUUUGUUUUGGAGGGUAGACGUAGACCAUUAAGGGCUUGUUUUGGUACCACAAAAUAUUGUAAUGCAUGGCUUCGAAAUUUGCCUUGCAUCGACCCUGAUUGUCUAUAUCUGCAUCAGCUUGCCUCUCAAGAAGAUAUCUUUACAAAAAGAUGA